AUGGCGCCAGAGGAGGCAGAGGAGGUCGAGGAGGCCGAGCGCCCUUCUCCUGGGAUAGCCUACAUGCCCUCCAUCGGGGACUCUGCUGGCUUCACACUCGCAGAUGAAGCUCGACAAACCUCACAACACGACCACUCUGCCUACUCAAACCUUCGACAGCGACCUGUCAAAUUUGUCAGCGCCGGUCCCAGUGAGCCGUUAAAACAACUAGACGAGCUCCUCGGCGAGAACAACCGAAAACAGGCUGAGGAAUCCACUACGGAUUCCCCUCCCGAUGACCCGUCUCCAUGUUCCGCCACGCCCGACCUGCCCAAGGUAGACGACGAAAUCAGCGACGACGAAGACGACGGAAGUGAAGAUGGAACUGACGACGAAGAAAGCCUGAUAGGACCAGACGAGCUAGAGGCGAUUGUACGAAGUAAGACCGCAGUCGAAGAGGAACCCUCGUUCUUCUUCGACCUCAAAGGUGACCAGCAACGAGGGAUCUCUACCAGAGCACCGGUACAUAUACCAGACCGGCCAUCAUCAAGUGACAGCAGUUCAAGUGACGAGGUAAUACUCUUCAAAGGUCGGGAUGCACAGAGGAAGGUGCAACCCACCAUCAGUAUGACCCAGAUGCGAACCGAAAUCCAGGUUGUGGAGGAUCAAAUGGCUGCAGGCCCAAGCGACUCGCCACGGACCGACAAGAAGAAACCGAAGAGGAUGAAGCCCAGACAACGCCGGAAAAUGCGGUCCACUUCCAACGACGUAGACGACGCUAUCAUCGCCGACUACAUAGCCAACAUGCGAGAGAACGGAGAUGCGGACGACAUCCUCGGCCUCGGAGCUGGCAAUCGCCGCGAACUGGGCGGAACUGAUUUCUACGUCUCGGACAAUAUUAGUAGUGACGAGGAGGAUAUGAAUGCCCCGAAUGCGGCUAAUGAAGGGGAUGUUGAUGGUACGGCGCGAGCGAGCAAUGGCGAUUCCACGGCAGAUGAAGACGGCGACCCAGAGAGUGAAAUCGACGAAGAAAUGCUGGCAAAGCUCAUUGCUGGACAGGAGCUUGGGAUGGACGAGGAUGUGCGGCUUCUCGACUCGUUAAGCGAUUCUAGCUCCGCGAGUGGGAAGGAGGACACCAGUAAUCGGAUCAAUGGGAACGACAACUUCGACGUCAUGGACUGGGAACGACCAAGCCUCAACCGCCGGAAGGGAAAGGCUGCCCGGGCGCAAAUCAACUUCAACGUCUCUGAUUCAGAGCUGGAGCAAACUCUCCAGGUUGCGUGGAAAAGCGACCGACUCAAGAAAUCAGAGCGCAAGAAGCAUCGUGAGCAACUCCGCGCACUGGGCAUUUUGGGUAAGAAAGCCAAACCCGAGGACCUCCGGGUAAAAUACCCCGAUGGCAUGAACAUGGAGCAAGUUGCCGACGAGUUCCAAGCCUUUCUACUCGGGUCUGACGAGGUUCUCACGUUGCCUCCGAUGGACAACCACGCCCGGAAAAUGAUUCACGAUCUUGCCGGCAAAUUCAAGAUCAAGUCAAAGUCUACUGGCAAAGCCGACCAACGCAGACCGACCCUACACCGAACGCUCAGGACAUUGCCAUACGUAGAAGCGACAUUCAACCAGGCUGUCAACCGCAUCAACAGGCGAUAUUUCCCACGACUGGAUAUCAAGGGCAAGAGGUCGCAGCGUGCGCCUCCUCCAACCCGGUCCAACAACGCCGCAGCGACGUAUCGAGAUGGUGAGAUUAUUGGUGGAGCGGCGCCAGAACUGGGUACCGAUAAUCGUGGGCGAGCGAUGCUGGAGAAGAUGGGUUGGAGUAGCGGAACAGCGUUGGGAACGGCGGACAACAAGGGCAUCUUGCAACCAGUCACGCAAGCGAUGAAGCGCAGCAAAGCAGGCCUUGGUUGA